AUGAACAACAUUAUUGACUUAGUGCGGAAUGAACCUUGUUUGUAUGAUUGGGAUCAUCCAGACUAUUGUAAUAGAGCUCUAAAAGAAUCAUUGUGGGAGAAAAUUGCUAAGCAAUCAAAGUACAAGGACGGGCCUGCUGCGAAAGAUGCAUGGUUAAAGCUCCGUAAUUGUCACCGGGACGCAAUAAGGAGAAUAAGCAAAGUAAGUAGAAGUUAUCCUGGAUUUAUUCCAAAACGGUGGAAAUAUGAAAAACAAAUGGAGUUUUUGUUACCCCAUAUGACUAGCCGAUCCACAAACGCGUACACGUCCGAAAAUUCAAAUCAGAUGACUUCAAAUCAGUCGGAAGAUGCGACUAACCAUCCUGAUAGUGAGUUUGAAGCAGAAUUCGAACAAAGUGAGACUGGAACGUUAGAAACAGAAGAAUCUUACCAAAACUCAAAAACGAGUCCUAGUAUAGCGCUUGAAGUAACAUCACCGCCAUUGCUACUUCCUUGCGGCUCUCAACUACAUAUUCCUCAACCACAAUCGCCUCAAGAGCUGGCAAUAACAAAACACGACUCAAGGACAUCCGUCGCUAAAAGGGUUAACAGUCAUGAAAUGAGAUCAAAUAAGAAAUCUUAUAAUAAUGAUCAGGAUGACGAAAUGCGACAUUUUUUUAAUACUAUGUACGUAAUGACUAAAAACAUGCCAGCAUUGAGUCGUCAUAAACUUAAAAGGGGAAUAUUUAAUCUAGUAUCUGACGAGGAAGAAUAUUUACUCCAUUCAGGACUUAUUUCUUCAGAUACUCAUUCAGUUUAUGGUAACAAUGAAAGUGCUACGAUUACCGAUCCGAUUGCAUUACCGCCUCAUUCGUCUACUUCUGCAAGUCCCAUUGAAUGUAAAAGUGAAAGUUAA